GGGACGUGAACCCUCGAGCCACAGUGGCUAGCUUUGCGGCAUUGCGUCUCCCGAAACAAAGUACUCUUGAAGCGCGUCUCACCCGCUUGAAUGCCAGAUUCCCGUUCUGCCACAUGACUUCCGUCUCUUACUUUCGCGCCCAUGAUGCGACAAACACACGCACACACCAAUUGUAACUGUUCGUAACUCGGCACUUUCUCUUUGGAAACUUUCUCUGACAACUAUUGGAACAGCAGACUUGUGCUAGGUUGCCCGGUGAACGGCGUUCUCAACAAAAAGACAGAUUUUGGGUUUUUGAAUGUUGAAUGACCGCGAACACGGUGCAGACACAUGACCAUUAGCAAGGAGAUGCGAAGGCGAAGAGCCAACGGAGUGGCCAACAGACACAAGCUGGUCCAAAAACUGAAUUGAAUAAACUAAGUACAGUACACAAGGCUCUUGAGUUGUUGAAGAAGCCAUGCGGCGUGCCAUGCGGUUGAAAAGUCCUUACAACAGCUGACUAUUAACUAGUUCAUUGGCUGCUGGUAGCAUUGCCAAGUUGACAGCCUUGCUAACCUGAAGUGAUGCUAUGAUCCGCUGAACCGAUUGACCGCUACGACUGCCGGAAUGGAAAGGGCCUGCUGGCCAGGCUGCCACGGUGCCGCAGGCGGUCGGGUGGUAUUGCUUUGGCUAUGCUUUCAACCUGUUCUGGGACAACUUCCGGUUGGAGGUGUUGGCGGCCAGCUACCUAGCGGCUUUGGUGGUCAAGGCCUUGGAAACCAAGGCCAAUUUGGUGGCUUUGGCGCGCCCUCUGGUAAUUUGGGUGGGGGCGGCUUGGGGACGCCAGGCAUGCAACCGGGCAUGCAACCGGGCAUGCAACCGCCGUCUGGGCUUGGUGGCAGUUUUGGCGGCACCGGUUGGCCACCUGGUGGGCUUGCUGGCCCUACAGCUCUUGCGGGGGCAGGUCUUGGAAGUGGCCUGGGCUUGGGGAUGCCACUGAACCCGCCGAACCACCAGAACGGUCCUCUCCAGGGAGGAGACCCGACGACCUUUGCAAACCCCAGCGGGGACCCAACCCUGCACCAAGCUUUCCACUAUGCUGACAUUGCUGCGUACCUCCUCCAAAAACCAGAGCCAAGAUCUCCUAUGGAGUGCCGUGAGCAAUGCAAACAAAACGAGGGCUGCGCAGCCUGGGAGGUCUGUGCUCCUUUGGGGGAUGGCUGUGAUGGCUGCUACCUGAUCUCCCGUGCGCCCCGGCGCUGGGAUCAGCGCGAGGGGUGGCACGCAGAGAUUCUCCCAGGCCGGGAAGAGCUUGGAUGGAGCAACAACGACACUACUGGUCUCGACAACUUGACUGUCGAGAGCUGCAGGGAAUUCUUGCUCAGCGCCAAUGGAGCCGAUCAAAGCGUACCGUUUCACGAGCCCGCUGUCAUGCAAAAGUACUCCGCGUGCGGCUCCAUUGUGUGGGAUGCGGAGGGCCCUCGUGGCCUUCACGUGGUUGGACAGCACUGGCCCACCUUCUUGGUGACCAACUUCUGGGAUCCACCCAUAGCGCUUCCGAAGGAAGUUGAGCAAGAGAUGCUAGCCUCUAGCCCGCGACAGCAGCGGCCAGCGACACACCUAGCGGCGGCUGCUUUGGAAGCACUCCAACGACCAGGCGUGACGGAGCAACUGCACGGAACCAUUGGUUCCGGCUCAUGGGAGGAACACCGCCGAAGCAAGGCACGUGGGCCUCACGCAUUUGUUCUGCCCUUCUAUGACACAAACAUCGGGCACUGGAUGAAACAGCACGGUUCUAUGAAUCCUCUGCAGUCGUAUGAAAUGCAAUCAAUCCUACAGCCUGGAGAUGUGGUUCUUGACGUUGGCGCCAACUUGGGAUGCUACACCUUGCCCUUUGCCGAGCGAGUUGGUGCAGCUGGAAAGGUCAUUGCCGUGGAACCUUUCCGGUGGCUGCGGCAAAUCGUCGCGGCCAAUGUGGCCAUCAAUGGGCUCAGCAACGUUUGGCUGCCGCCGGUCGGGCUCGGCGCAGAGCGCGCGAGUUUCGAGGCCCGACCGCCCCAGUUUCGCUUCUUUUCUUCGCCCGGUGGUGUGAAGCUUCGCCAGCAGCAGCAAGACAUGAAGGUUGAGGAAGCCAUGCAGAUGUACGACUGGGAUAUGCCACCAGAAAGGGUCACCGUUCUGACUUUGGAUGAACUGCUUGGAUUAGUUCCUGGAGCUGAGCUGCUGGGCCUCCCCCCCAUUGAUGGUUUGCGAUUGAUUAAGAUAGAUGUGGAGGGCAUGGAGAAGGAGGUCAUUGCUGGUGGUAAGAACGUCAUUCAAAUGUUCAAGCCAAUCAUUUGGUCGGAGAAUGUUGCAUACUUCUCGUCAAAAGGUGAAGAUGUGUCUUUCCUCCAGUGACCAUGCUGCAAAGCCAACAGAUACCUGAGGUUUUUGAAGUUCCAAACUGUACAUGGUGAAACUAGUGGGUGGGGGAGGAAAAAGGCUGAAUAGAAGCAAAAAACGCUGGCACUGGCAUGUUGCAUUGAAAGGUGGAAGUGGAGCCGAGGCUUAUGGACCAAUUGGAAUACAAUUGCGCCGGUGCACAGAACGCUCCAAAUGACAUCAUUUGCACAGACAGGCAUGGCCGCGGUCAUCAAAUAGGUUGACCGUUUGACCAAUGUAGUGCGUGAGUCCAAUGGCCCAAGCUAUCGAGCGCACUAGCGGACCGAGAAAAAAGUAGCACAGGGAAGAAGAGAGAGAGGGCGAAACGCGGCUGUCCGAUUCUUGGGUUUGUCUUUGCGCUGAACAACUGCUG